CGGGUAAUCUUGUUCUUUGGAGCUGUCUUUGAAACGCCCAGCCGGUGUUCUCACUGCUCAGCAGUCGUUCGAGUCCUGGCCACUAGUCGGCGCUGCUGCUCUGCAGGUGAGCCCGGCAGGUGAGUCCGCGGCGCCGCCUCCGCUACAGCCCGUUUAUUUUAACAGAGCGGCGGAGAGAGAGCGAGAAAGAGGUUCGGAGACAGGGGAGGUGUUGCCUCGAUAGCGAGAAACGAGAGAGACGCAGAGGCAGAAACUGGACUGAACACGGCGCCGGGGAGAGCGGAACACAAACGGAGAAUGCAGCCUCCACCGAGAAAGUUGACGAUGAUGACACUGCUAUAGUUAUGAUGCGGUGCAGACGCUUCUUCAUUUCUCAUUUCCUACCAGGAAAACCUCACAGAGCCUCCCUACGAGCGGCCUGCUGUGAGACUCCGCCCCAGAGCAAUACCAAUAUAUAAAGCAAAGCAACGAGACUCGCGGAAGAAUGGCACACUUCUGCUAUGCUCUCGAAUGAACUAUUCUUAUAUAUACUAUACACGUCCAGGGGCCAGGUUCGUUAUAAUGAAGGGUGUUCUAGCGAGGGUGGAGUGAGCGAGCCUGUGUGUGUGUGUGUGUGUGUGAAGGUGACCCAGGAGGUGAAGGUGACCUUUGCUGAACAAGCGGCCAAACUUCAGAGCAAGCAGCAGCAGGAGAGUGAGCUCCUGGAGGAGAUCCGGUCCUUCAGUAAACAGAGAGCCGCCAUUGAGAAAGACUAUGGCCAGGCUCUGCACAGACUGGCCUCCCAGUACAUGAAGAGGGACGGGCUCCGAGGGAAAGGGGAGCCCAGUGACAGCAGUCUGGUAACCGGUGCCCCCCCCAGAAGUGUGUUCACAGUGUGGAGGUCCCUGAUUGAAGCCACUGUCCACACCAGCCUGUCCAGAGUUGCUGCGUCCGAGAACUAUCGCGCCCUGACCAGCGAGACCGUCAGGACCCUGCGAGCGGCCAAGGAGCAGCGUGCCAAGAAGAGCUUGGAGCAGCUGCUGUGCGUGCAGGGUGAGCUGGUGGAGGCGGUGCGAGAGCUCAGCAAGGUGAAGAAGCGCUAUUACCACCUGGAGCGCAUCACUGAGCUCACCCGGGUCAAAGCCAAAAAGAAUGACUAUGGGAUUUUCCAUUUCAGAACAAACCUGCAGAAGUUGAACACAAAGCUGAGCAAUCGGCUGUCUGAGUGUAACCUGCAGCUCACUGAGGCUCGUAACGAAUACCUGCUGACCCUGGCCGCUGUGAACUCACACCACGAGCACUAUCACAGCAAGGACCUGCCGGCUGUCAUCAAGGACAUGGAUGCGGACCUGUACGAGCGGCUGAAGGAGCACUUCACCCUGCUGAGCCAGACUGAGAUCGACAGCUGUCGGGCGACGCAGAGCACCUUCCUUAGGGUCCUGCAGGACUCCUGCCAGGUGUCCCGAGAGCACGACCUCCAGCUGUUUCUUCAGGAGAACCCUGUCUUCACCAAGGCACCCGUCUUCCUGUUCCAAGGGGCACCCAGCGACAAGGUGUGCGGUCUGGUUCAUCAGGACAGUGCCCAGCGGGGGGAGAGCUGUCUGGAGAAGGAGGCACGGAAAUGGGCAACCAAAGCAGCCAAGGACUAUAAAAUCAAAACCCACGGGGAAAGGGUUCUGCAGACGCUGGACAAGCGCAGGAAGCUGGUCUCCGAGGACGAGGUAGCAGACGUGGAGCUGAAGAUGGAGGAGGUGAAGGAGAGCAUCCGCAAGGCUGAGGUGAGCCGGGUGAAGGCGCACUCUCGUCUGGCUCUCCUGCGAUUGUCCGGCGUGGAGACGGACGCCUGGGUGAUGAGUGCCAUGAGCCAGGCCAGCAAGGAGCUGGAGAGCGAGCGGCAACUGAGCGAGGCACGAAUCUCCAAUGGAGACGUCUCCCCCCUGUGGGAUGAGUUUGAUUUCGAUGAUUUCGACGACGGUGAGACUUUUACAGAGUCUGCGCCGAGCCCCUGCCCCCGCAGCUACCCCCUGCCCUGCCGGGUCCUCUACAGCUACCAGGCCUGCCAGGCGGACGAGCUGUCCAUCACGGAGGACGAGGAGCUGGAAGUGAUAGAAGAUGGAGACAUGGAGGACUGGGUCAAGGCUCGAAAUGCUUCAGGGCAGGUGGGGUACGUGCCCAAGAGGUACCUGCAGUUCCCGUGCCUGUCAGCAGGGGACGCUGUGUCACAGAGAGUCCCGGGGAGCCCCCUGUCAGGGUGCAUGCUGGGGUCCCGGGGGAGAGGCACGCAGGCACGCACAGGAGGCCUGGCCCGGGCGCUCUACCCGUACUGUGGGCAGAGUGUGGAGGAGCUGUCCUUCCCCGAGGGGGCUGUGAUCCGGCUGCUGCGCUGUCGAGAUGUCCGGGUGGACGACGGCUUCUGGGAGGGGGAGCUAAAUGGGAGAGUCGGGGUCUUCCCCUCCCUCGUGGUGGAGCUGCUGGGAGAGGAGGAGGAGGAGGAGGAGGAGGAGGAGGAGGAUGGGAAGGUGAGCACACACAGCAACCAUUUUUUAUUGCAGUUUUUCAUGAAAAAAAAAUCAGGACUCAAAAAAAAUAAUAAUAAAAAAAAGUAUCUGUUUUGGUUUCAGGAGCUGCUGUCCCCUGGCCCUCCUCCCUUCUCCCCCCCAGUCCCCAUCCUUGGAGCCCCAUCACUGCCAGUCCCGGAGAGUUCCCUACCUGGGAGACUGGAGGACAGGCUGCAGGGGAUUCCGCUGGGGUUGCUCAGGCAGCCUGACAGCAGAGCAGACAGCGGCAGCAGUGCCCACAGCUCCCCCGAUCACUCUCCCCGGCUUGCCAGGCCGGUUCGUGCACCUCCUCGACAUCGCCCCUCCCCCAGCCCCUGCUCCGAUGAGCGCUUUGUCUGAGUAGAACCAGCCUGCCACAGCGCUGC